AUGGAUGAUGAGCUGAGAGGGGCAGUUGACGAAUACAAUGCGUUCUUUCAUAAACUGGUAUAUCAUUCUGAAGGCGACCAUGGGUCAUUUAUAAGCUGUGAAAUUGCUUCUGGUGGUCCCAAGGGUAGGUCUAUUAAAAACCGCGCUGAGAUAUACUGUUGUGAGAAUGGCUGGUUUGUUAGGAGUCAUUUGGGUACGCAGGUACCAAAGGAAUCCGAUCUUUUUCCCACCUUCGAGUCUCUUGCAAUGUCUUUGUCUCCAGAUUUUGAGAGACAAUGGCACGAAAAGCUACUGGAAAAGUUGGCAGCGAUCCGAUAG